AUGGCCGCCUGCAUCUUCUGCAAGAUCAUCAAGGGAGAUAUCCCCUCCUUGAAGCUCUUCGAGAGCGACAAGACCUUUGCGUUCCUCGACAUCAACCCUCUAAGCAAGGGCCACGCUCUCGUCGUCCCCAAGUUCCACGGCGCCAAGCUCGCUGACAUCCCCGACGACCAGCUGAGCGAGAUCCUGCCCGUGGUCAAGAAGCUUGUCGCGGCAACCGGCGCUACCAACUAUAACCUCCUGCAGAACAACGGCCGCAUCGCCCACCAGGUCGUUGAUCAUGUCCACUUUCACAUGAUCCCUAAGCCGAACGAGGAGCAAGGACUAGUAAUAGGCUGGCCUCAGCAGGCCACGGAUAUGGACGCGCUAAAGGCGCUCCACGAGGAAAUCAAGGCCAAGAUGUGA